UGGGGACCCAGGAGCUGGGCCAGGGAGGUGGCCACUGGGACGUCAGCAUGUACACUUCAGGGCACGGGCCAGGGGACUGAGCUGAAGGAAAGGCCACAGCCCCUCAGGGCCGCUCGGGACCAGGACCGGGGCUGCCAACAGGCCGCCUCCCUUCUGGGCCUUGGAGGCCUCAGCAGUUGGAGGAGAGGGGCCGGGCCGGGCUGGGCCAGGGUUUGAUCCAGCAGGGAAGACGCCUGAACCCCUAGCAGGAGUGCCUGGGUUUGAGUCCCGACUCCAUUCCCACUCUCAGCUUCCAGCCACUGACCGGCCUGGGAGAGGCAGCAGACGAUGGCUCCAGUGAGGCGGAUCGCACCCAGUUCUCGGCUCCUGGUGUGGCCCAGCCUCGCCCCUGCCGUUGUGGGCAUCUGGGAAGGAACCAGAUGAGAGCGGUCUCAAAUUAAAAAAGGUGGGGGGGGGGGCCACAGCAGACCUGCAGAGGCGAAGGGGCUCCCAAGGCUAGAGCUGCAGUUCUGACAGCACAGAUCCGGAGUGCGCCCACGCAGUUUGUUUCCAGCUUUUUAUUUUACAUACUCGAAAGGCAGAAAGAGCUGCAGUCCACCUGUUCACGCCCCAAGUGCCUGCCACAGCCCAGGAGCUCCACCCCGGUCUCCCUGUGGGUGGCGGGGACCCGACCACGUGAGCCGUCAGUGCUGCCUCCCAGGGUGCACAUCAGCAGGGAGCCGGCACCAGGGUCAAGGGCAGGCCCUCCAGCAGGGAACGCGGGCGUCCCGGCAGUGUCCAGCGCUGUGCCGCAUGUCCGCCGGGGACACUCCAGGAGCGGGCUGCCGUGCACCUUCCAGUGGGGCCUCGGGCCUGCGAGAGGAUCACCUCCAGUGUCCCACGUCGCCAUCUGUCCACCGAGCACCCACUGGGUGUCAAGGGCCGGGGAGUCCACAGUGAACCAGGCCGUGCCUGCUCUCGUCUUCUUGGGGGGCAGGUCCGGGAAACCCUCUUUCUAGCCUUGGGUCGGGGCGAGGCCCACGGAGCUCCAAGGUCCGGGGGUCCUGAGCUGCAGAAGACGCAGUGGGAAGGGGCCCUGGAGAGUGCGACGCGUGCAGCCGAUGCAGCCCCGUCUGGUGGACUGCGCAGCUCGGGCGGCUGAGCCAGCAGGACCUCCACGGGGACGGUGAUGGGGGCAGGGGGGAGGCGGCCCAGUGGAUGGCGGUGGCCCUGGGUGUGAGCACGCAGUGACCUCUGCUGAAGGCCUGCCGUGUGCCAGACCGCGCUGCGUCUGCACGCUGCCCCCCAGCCAGACACGGAGCUAGACACAGAUGAAGGGGCGUGUCCAUCAGCAAGGGACAAGGUCAGGAUCUGAGCUGAAAUGCGACUCAGAGGCCCGUGCCCUCAACCCGGGGACGAGGUCUGGUUGGGCACGUGCCGGCCUCCAGCACCAGUCAAGCCAGCCAACCCUGAACCUCACCCGGCGGUGCUGACGCCCAGCCCUGGAACCAUGGCCCUUUGUGAGGUGGCCCUGGGGGUGGGGGUGGGGGGUGUUCCAUCGCAGUGCAGGGGAGGGAGCCGUGGAGGAGAUGGCGCUCGCCAUGCUGGGGGCUCUGUACCCCAGGGGCGAGCGUGAACUUCUUUAUAUUAUAAUAACAGUGAGCCCCUGCCCCACUCCCCCCCGCAGGUCUCUGCGCUCUGUUCCUGAGGAGUUCUCGGCACCCCUGGAACUGCCACAGCCACUCUCCGGCCUGGUGGAUGACUACGGAAUCCGACCCAAGCACCCCUGGCCCCGGGGGCCGCGGCCCCUGCUCUCGCGGGCCCAGCAGCGCAAGCGGGAUGGGCCCGACAUGGCCGAGUACUACUACGACGCCCCCCUGUGACGUGAAGCCCCCAUAAAGCUGUUCUGUGUGGCA